GUUAUUUAACAGACAGACACAUCAGCAACCUGCACAAGGUCACUCCAGAGUGUUGUGUAUCAGCACGGCAGCCUCACACACACAAACUCCCUCAGAGGACCAUCACAUCCCACUGUGGGACUCAAACACCGGCAGCCAACAUUCAUCAACUGCAUCCAACUCUGUCUGACUGAGAGGAAGCUUACAGAGUCAGGUCCUUUAUGCAAGUUGUUUACUGGCUGUGCCCCUGCCCUUCACCAUGACUCUCCUAACCCACGUGCUGGCAUGCCUCUUUGGCAUGGGCUCCUGGGUGGCAAUCAACGGGGUGUGGGUGGAGCUGCCCGUCAUCGUGCCCGAAAUCCCUGAGGGUUGGUACCUGCCCUCUUACCUCACUGUGCUCAUCCAGAUGGCCAACGUGGGGCCCCUUUUCGUCACCCUCAUGCACCGCUUCCGCCCGGGCAAGCUGGACGAGCGGCCCGUCAUCUACUCCAUAGUGGGCCUGGGCGUGGUCGCCACCUUCCUCCUGGCCUUCCUCUGGAAGCACACGGUGCCCCUAGCGGGCGCUACGCAUAGUGUACCCCUCCUAGUGCUCUGUUUCCUACUCUCCGUGGUGGACUGCACCUCCUCGGUCACCUUCCUACCCUUCAUGAUGCGCCUCGGGCCCCAGUACCUCACUACGUACUUUGUAGGGGAGGGCCUUAGUGGCUUGGUGCCUGCCGUAGUGGCUCUGGUGCAGGGGGUGGGGGUGGUUCACUGUCAGAAUGCUACAGUGGCCAAUGGAACCUUAGGGAUUAACUCUACUGUAGGGGCCAGUGGUGAGCUCCAUGCUCAAUACCAGUCCGCUAACUUCUCGGCCCAGGUCUUCUUCCUCUUCCUCAGUGCCAUGAUGGUGGUGUGUCUGGCCGCCUUCCUCCUGCUCAACCACCACCCGGCCGUGGCCAGGGAGAGGAAGCGCGAGCACUACUUCAACAGAGGCCUGGCGGAGGAGAAGAGCGACCAAGCCCUGUCCCUGUCUCACAGACCACCAGAGGAGAAGCCCAUGAUCAGUUCUCCGGAUGGCCCCCAGAGAGCCCGGCGGAGCUCCUUCGGGAUGGGCUUCUACAGUAGGCUGGAGGUGGCGUUCAUCUUUGUGGUUCUGGCCUGGGUCAAUGCCCUGACCAAUGCAGUGCUACCCUCGGUGCAGUCUUACUCCUGUCUGCCCUAUGGGAACCAGGCCUACCAUCUGGCCGCCACCAUGGCAGCCGUGGCCAACCCUGUGGCCUGCUUCAUCGCCAUGUUCCUGCCCUUAAGGUCGUUGGUGCUGAUUGGGCUUCUGACAAUAGUUGGGACAGGGUUUGGUACUUACAUCAUGGCCAUGGCUGCACUGAGCCCCUGUCCUCUACUAGUCCACAGCGCCUCAGGAACCGCACUCAUAGUCAUAGCCUGGAUCUUGUUUGUCCUGACCCUCUCCUAUGUGAAGGUGAUCAUUGGGGUGAUCCUUCGGGAUGAGGGCCACAGUGCCCUCGUGUGGUGUGGAGCGGUAGUGCAGCUUGGCUCCAUGCUGGGUGCACUGUCCAUGUUUCCCUUGGUCAGUGUCUAUGGACUGUUCAAAUCAGGGGACCCUUGUAACACCAAGUGCCCAAAGUAGGGAUCAAGAUGUGGCUUACUGUUGAAACUUACUGUAGAAAACAAAAAUGUUGACACUGGAAAUAUAUCUUUCAUCAUUUGAGUUUGUCUCUUUAAACUGAUUUUGAGGUAUCUAGUCUGUUGCCCUAUGGUUGAUUAGGAACUAAAUGGCACCAAACCGCUUGUGUUUGUUUUCCGUUGAAUAAAGUUUCAAAACGUUUUACUACAGAUGUAGGAUCUUAAUUUGAUCACCCUGUUGCAAGAUAGCUUUUUAUGCAAUGCAGGAACUUUAAAACGUGUAGUGUAUUUGAGGUUUAAAAAGGCUUCUGAAGUUUGCAAUUUCCAGUUUGACAUUUCAGACUUAAUUUUCCCUUGCAAAAAUGUAUCACCCCCUACAAAAAUGCCCAUUAAUUAUAAUCCACGUAAUAAUUCACAUUUCCUGUUGCUGCAGGAUUAUUUUCCUGCUGUAGCAAACUGGCUCAAAUUAAGACCCGAAAUCUAUACAGUGUGCG